AUGACCACCUCAGUUUUUGUUUCUGGCGCCACCGGCUACAUUGCGCAGCACGUCAUCAAGCUUCUUGUUACUAAGGGCUACAAUGUUGUCGGGUCCGUGAGAACCGCCGAAAAAGGCAAGAACCUCGUCAAGCUAUUUGACACUGGCUCCUUCACUUACGAAGUGGUGCCCAAAUUGGAGGCGCCCGGGGCCUUUGACCAGGCAUUGGAGAAGCACCCUGAGGUGUCGGUGUUUUUGCACACCGCCUCGCCUGUCAGCUUCAAUGUCCAGGACGUUGAAAAAGAGUUGCUUCUUCCCGCCGUCGAAGGCACCAAAAAUGUGUUCAGUGCCAUCAAGGCCCACGGCUCGCAAAUCAAGCAUGUUGUGGUCACAUCCUCUGUGGCUGCGCUGCUCAAUCCUGCUAGAAACCAGGACCCUACUUUCACAGUCAACGAGGACUCGUGGAACCCGAUCACGUGGGAGCAGGCUAAGGAGAAUGCAAUGAACGGGUACUUUGGCUCCAAGAAGUUUGCGGAGAAGGCUGCGUGGGAUUUCUUGGAAUCUGAGAAGCCCAACUUCACCUUGAACACCGUGUUGCCUGUCUAUGUGUUUGGACCCCAAGCGUUUGACUCCGAAGUCAAGGGCGAACUCAACUACUCGGCCGAAAUCAUCAACAAAUUGUUGAAGUUGGGGCCAAAUGAUGAGGUGCCUGCACAACAGGGUGCCUUUGUGGAUGUUAGAGAUGUGGCCAAGGCCCACUUGGCAGCGUUUGAGGGCGGGCUCUCAAACCAGCGUCUUUUGCUCAGAACCGGGGGAUUCACCGCACAACGCGUGCUUGAUAUUAUCAACGCCAAAUUUGUGAACUUGAGAGGCCAAUUGCCCACUGGCACGCCUGAGAAGGGAGAGCCUGAAAACACUGGGUCCAAGACGGACAACUCGCGGACCAAGGAAUUGUUGAACUAUCCCGCCAUCGACUUGGAGAACUGUGUGGUGGAUUCCGUGACCCAGCUUGUGAAAUCCCAGAAAAAGGUGUUCUAA